AUGGACAACAGUGCAGUAUCGGAGGCCGCGCUAAGGGCCUCCAUCGUAGAGCGGCUCAACGCCGUCCACGUGGAAAUCACCGACAUGUCUGGCGGCUGUGGCCAGGCAUUCUCGACCUUGAUUGUCUCGCCCGACUUUGCUGGGAAGAACUCACUCAAGAGACACCGCCUGGUCAACGCUGCCCUUAAAGAGGAGAUUGCCGCCAUUCAUGCGUGGACUGCAAAAUGCCAGACCCCCGAGGAGUGGCAAAAGGCAAAAUCCAUCCCUGGUGACGAUGCCCCCCGUCUCGACGGUACUGUGGAUGGGAAAGUCCAGGGCAGUGCCGCUUGA